AUGAGGCACUUUCUAUCUCUUGUGUGUCUGCUCGCCAGUGUGGGGUCCAUCCCGCUGGCUCUUGCAGACACCUUCUGUAGCGCCGAUGUGCCAUGCGCAAUCGGAUGCUGUGGUCAAUACAAUGUCUGUGGCAUGGGUCCAGAUUACUGUGGCUCAGAUAAUUACAUUAAUAACUGUGAUGCCAAAGCAGAGUGCAAUCCUGGUGACUGGGACUCGAAGUAUGUCAAUUCAACUACGUGCCCAUUGAACGUUUGUUGUAGCAAGUAUGGCUUCUGCGGCACCACCGAGGAAUUCUGUGGAAACAAAACUGUUACUCGCCCUUUAUGCGAUGCAGGCUCUCAAUCUGUUACUCGUGUCAUCGGUUAUUACAACGCAGCUGCGAAUAGCCGCUCCUGUGAUAGAAUGUCUCCUGCUGGUAUCCCACAAGGUAUUUACUCUCAUAUCUACUUCGUAUUUGGUAGUAUCGAUCUAGACACAUUCGAGGUGAUCCCAGCGAACAAUGCGGACACUCAGCUAUAUCCACAGCUUGCGGCUCUUUCAAGUCGAGAUUUAGGUUAA